AUGUCUGAGGUUGCUGACAAGGAGAACACGCCGAACGUUAUGCUUACGACCACUACUAUGGCCACUACCACUGCCAAGCGCCGGUUUGGCUGGUCACCUUCCAAGGCUGCCACCAACACCACCAUGGCCAACAACGAGAAUACGGUCAUGACCAAGGCAAGUGGUGACGACACCGCCGACUUUGCUGUUCACACCGACAACGUUGUCGAUGACAUGGCGAGCGAGGAAAAGGACGAGACUGGGGAUGCAGUCGUGGCCAUGGACGAGGCCGACGACAACGCGGGUGUGGCCAAGACCGGUGAGACGCUCGCGCAGGUGGCAUCGUCGCUCUUCCCGGCUUCGUUCGAGGCGCAAGUGGCAGAGGCCAUGUACCCCAAGUUUACCAAGGAAAUGCGGUACAACAUGAAGAAGAAGCUCGAUCGCCUCGGUGAGUACUACCGCGCUCUCAAGCGGAACAUGCAGACCAUGAUCGACAAGAAGAACGCCUUUGUUUCAGAGGUCGCUGCGCGGGAGGCCGACAUUGGCCGUCGCGCUGACGAGCUCGCUGCCAUCGAGUCGACCCUUCGCGCCGAGGUUCAGACUGCCCAGGGCGAGCUCGCUCACGUCCGCGGCAAGCUUGAUGCCGCAGAGUCCGCCCUCGCCACCGCCACCGCAGAGCUUGAUACCGCCAACGCAAAGGUCGCCUCCGAGGCUGCCGCCGCUGCCGCCGCCCGCACUGAGCUCGCUGCUCUCAAGGAUCUCCUCCGCGAGGCCGAGGUCCUUGUCAAGUCGCAGACGACCGAGCUCACCGAGCUCAAGCACGCCUCGGCGCUCGCCGAGCAGGAGGCCGCAGCCGCCGCAGCCGCAGCCGCCGCCGAGAUGGACAGCGUCAAGCGCGCUGCUGCCGAUGCUGCCGCUGCCUCGGCCGCAUCUGCCGCCAAGGACGCCGCAGCCGCAGCCGACAAGCUCGCCGCCGCUGAGGCCUCGCUCGCUGACCUCAAGGCCCAGGUCGCCAAGGCUGAGGCGUCGGCCGCCGACACCGCGGUCUCUCUCGAGGCGACCCGAAGCCAUCUGGCGUCGGCCCAGGCGGACGCCGCCGCCGCCGCCGCCCGCGCCGCCCAGCUUGAGGGCGCAAACUCGGCGCUGCAGAGCCAGCUCGACGCCAACUCGGCCCAGCUCUCGGCCGCCCUCGCCUCUUUCAACGAGGCUCAGGCGUUCAACAAGGAGCGGACCGCCGCCCUCACUGCCGACAAGGAUCGCCUCGAGGCCGAGUUGGUCUCGGCCAAGGCUACUGUCGCUACGCUCGAGGCCCGCGCCGCCGAACUCGAGACUCAGCUGGCAGCCGCCAAUGCCGACGCCGCCGCCAACGCCACCGCCCUCGAGGCAGUUCGCGCCGAACUCACCCAGCUUGAGGCAUCAACGACGGCGGCCCAGGCUGAGUUUGAGGCCAAGAUCGUCGACCUCGAGGCCGCCGCCGCUGCCGCCGCUGCCGAGCUCGCCUCUCUAGGCGAGGCCAAGGCCAUGCUCGAGACCUCGCUUGAAGACGCCGAGCUCAACGCCGCCACCACCGCCGCCGAGCGCGACGAGGCCCGCGCCGCCGCCGCCGAGCUCAACGCUGCAGCCGCUACUGCAGCCGCCGAAAAGGCUCAGCUGGAGGCGAACCUCGCCGAGACCAAGGCCGAGCUCGAGACGACUGCGCUCGAGCUUGCCACCUUUAAGGCCAACUGCGGCGUGAGCUCUGAGGAGCAGCUGCAGAACCUGGUCCAGGUCACCAAGGAGCGCGACAGCCUGUUGGAGAAGGUCGCUGACCGCGACGCCGUCGCCGCCCAGCUCGCCGAGGCCCAAGAGCGCAUCGCGCACCUCGCCGCCCUUGUCCACUCGGGCGAGGCCGUCCGGCGGACCCUCCACAAUCGCAUCCAGGAGCUGCGCGGCACCAUCCGAGUCGUCGCCCGCGUUCGCCCGCUCCUCUCGGGCGACUCGGACGAGGCGCACGCGUCGGGCGUCAACUUUCGGUUCGGCCUCGACAAGCUCUCGCUUGAGCUCAAGGACUCUCAGCACCGGUUUGCCUUUGACCAGGUCUUUGGCGAGUCGGCGAGCCAGUCCGAGGUCUUUGACGAGGUCGCCAACUUUGUCCAGAGCGCCCUUGAUGGCUACUCGGUCAAUCUCUUUGCCUACGGCCAGACUGGCUCAGGCAAAACCCACACCAUGCAGGGCGAGGUGACUGGCGACGGCCGCGGCAUCAUCCCGCGUGCCAUCGCCCACAUCAUGACCGAAGUCGACCGUCUCGCCGACCAGGGCUGGGCCUACACCAUGAAGGCCACCUUUGUCGAGAUCUACAACGAGACCAUUCGUGACCUCCUCCGCGACCCGUCGACGCCCAUGGACGCCCUGCCCAAGAUCGGCAUCCGCCACGGCGACGGCAUCACCACCCUUAUCGGCGCCAACGACGCCAUCGUCUCCUCCGCCGCCGACAUCGUCGGCCUUAUGGAGCGCGCCAACGAGAACCGCUCCGUUGCCGCGACCUCGAUGAACGCGCACUCGUCGCGCUCGCACUCGGUCUUCUCGCUCCACCUCACAGGCGUGAACGCAGAGUCCGGCGAGGCUCUCCAGGGCGUACUCAACCUGUGCGACCUCGCCGGCUCGGAGCGCCUUGCAAAGUCCAAGGCCACUGGGGACCGCCUUAAGGAGACCCAGGCCAUCAACAAGUCGCUCUCGGCCCUCUCCGACAUCUUUGUCGCCCUCUCCUCCAACUCUUCCCAUGUGCCCUACCGCAACUCCAAGCUCACCUACCUCCUGCAGAACGCCUUUGCUGGCCAAGGCAAGUCGCUUAUGAUCGUCAACCUCUCGCCCUCGAUCGACUCGCGCGGCGAGUCGCUCUGCUCGCUCCGCUUCGCCUCCAAGGUCCACAACACCGAUCUUGGCAAGGCCAAGAAGCACGUCGCCGCUGCCCCGGGAGCAAAACGCACCCGUCCCAGCACCGCCCUCGGCGUCCGCACCGCCAACGGCAGCUCGCCGCCCAAGCGCCGCAAGACUCUCCGCCGCUAG